CUCUUCAUCCUUGAUUUCUACAUACAUUUAUAACACCAAAAUUUUCAUCAUAUACCACGGUUAAGUUGUUAACAUAUUACAUACUCAAUAUCCUAAACAGAACACUACUUAUAUACACGUAACCAAGUAAAUUUUCUCGAGUAAAAAUGUCGAGUUCAUUCUUUUCCAUGCUCUUCUUAUUUCUUGCUAUGACACUCGCAUGUAUGUGCACAUCUACUAUCUCUUUGUCUUCGUCGUCGUCGUCAUCUCUGAUGGUGGGAUUCUAUCAACAGACUUGUCCGUCAGCGGAAGAAAUAGUGAGGAAUGUAGUAAACAAUGCAGUCACAAGAAAUCCUGGAUUAGGAGCUGGUCUUAUCAGGAUGCAUUUUCAUGAUUGUUUCGUGAGGGGUUGUGAUGCUUCAAUUCUACUUGAUUCAACUUUGGAGAACCCAUCGGAGAAAGAAAAUAUAGCCAACAAUCCAAGUAUGAGAGGUUACGAGGUGAUUGACGAGGCAAAGAAACAACUCGAAGCUCAAUGCCCACAAGUCGUCUCUUGUGCAGAUAUCAUAGCCUUUGCAGCACGAGAUAGCGCCUCCAAGUUAGGAGGGAUCAACUAUGGAGUAGAAUCAGGUCGACGUGAUGGGAGAGUCUCGCUUAAGGAUGAUCCAACCCAAAACUUACCACCUCCAUUUUUCAACUUAAAUCAACUCAAAGAAAACUUUGAAAGAAAAGGACUUUCCUUAGAGGAAAUGGUCAUCCUUUCUGGGGCACACUCUAUUGGAGUAUCACAUUGUUCAUCAUUCACACAAAGACUUUACUCCUUCAAUGCUACUCACCCACAAGACCCUUCCAUGGAUCCUAGAUUUGCUAGCAUGUUGAAAUCCAAGUGCCUUAAUAAUUCUCCUAACAAUGUUGAUCCUACUGUUUUACAAGAUUUUGUUACACCUAAUAGGUUGGAUAACAAAUACUAUCAAAAUUUACAAAAUAAAAGGGGUUUAUUAACCUCAGAUCAGACUUUGGUAACUAGCCCUGAAACCGCGAAUAUGGUGAGGAACUAUGGUGGGAGAAGUAGUGAUUGGGCUAAUAAGUUUGCUAAAGCUAUGGUACAUAUGGGUUCAAUUGAGGUUCUCACUGGCAUUGAAGGUGAGAUUAGAAAGAAUUGUAGGAUUGUUAAUUGAUCAUAGAGUGUGGUACAACAAUUCUUUGGAUUAUUUUCGGCUAGGAACAAUUGUAGAGGAAUAUUCUUUGAUUCUUUCAUUCUUUGAUUUGUAAGUAGUUGGAGUCCCAAUAAUAGUUUAAUAUUCUAUCAGUAAGUGUAUGUAUGUUUAGUUCGUUUAACUUCUUUCUCCGGGGUAAGUAAAUGUAUGUUAAUUGAUUCAUUUGUAACUAAAAUUUAUAUAGACUAAUUCUGGUUAUAUUGACAC